AAGCAGCUGUGUACUGGGUCAAGCCCAGUUUUGAGCCCCCGGCGGUUGGCUGCCUGCACUGCAAGGCAGCUACCAUGCCGGAGGAGGAUGAGGAGUUGCAGGCCACCAUGGCAGCUGUGAAGCGGCACUUUGACGCAGAGGAAUUCGAGGAAGCCUUGCCGCUGGUGACCGAGGCUUAUAAAGCAAAACCAGGAAAUCCACUGGUGGUCAGGAGCUACAUCUUCACGCUUGUCAAUGUCUCGCAGUGGGAGAAUGUCUUGAAGGCUUGCAAAAAGCAUGAAGACCUCGAGGAUAUGGACUUCGAGCAUGCCUAUAGUCUGUAUCGGCUGAACCGCUUCAAGGAAGCAUUGGAGAUUUUGGGCUCCAGGAAGAGCAAAGAUCCAGAGGAAGUCGCUCGCAGAACGCGACUGGAAGCUCAGAUUCAAUACAGACUAGCAAGCUACGACUCUUGUGCAGACAUGUACGGUCGGCUCCACAAGGAAGAUCCUGAGGACAAUGGUCUGCUUGUAAACGCAGUAGCUGCUCAUGUUGCGGGUGAGCAAUCGCGGAAGGCUAUGGCCAUUGUGUCUAGAAACCAGGAAGCCUUGGAGUCCUCCUAUGAGUUGUGCUUCAAUGCUGCGUGUGCUUUGAUCGAUGAGGGCCGGCUGAAAGAGGCUGAGGCUCAAUUGGCUCGAGCCAAGCAGCUCUGCACUGAAGAGUUGGUCCAGGCCGAAGAUGCAGCAGAAGCAGAUGCCAGUUUGUUGGAGGACCACGAGGAGCUGGCUGCCAUCAAUGUGCAGCAAGCGUGCGUGCUGCAGCGUUGUGGUAAAGAAGAUGAAGCGAAGGAAUUGUAUGACAAAGUGCUGCGCCAAAAGCCAGCCGAAGGACACGAGGUUGAUGUCACUGUGCUAGCAGUGGCAUGCAACAACGUUGUGGCCUUGCGUUCUGAGGGCAAGUCUUUGUUCGACAGCCUCAAGAGGAUCAACGUUGCAUCAAAGGAGAGCUUGGAGCACAAGCUCACGCGCAGACAGAUGGUGGAUAUUGCCUGCAACAAGAUUCUCCUUUUGCUUCAGGCACACAAAAUGGAUGUUGCUAAGAAGGAGCUUGAGAAACUUCGCCAAAGCUAUUCUGACCACCCGAGAGUAGCAUUGGUACAGGCAGCCAUGGCCUACAGAGAAAAGAAGAGCAAAGCUUGCGAGGAAGUACUCCAAAGCUACUUGACAUCACAUCCUGAUGAUGCUCAGGUGAUUCUUCCUUUGGCACAGCUCUACGCACAACAGCACAAACAUGAAGCAGCAGUGGAGGUUCUCGCCAAGCUUCCCCUCAGCAGCCGAACGCAGCCAACCACAGUGGAAGCCAUAGUGAGCCUCUACAACAGGCAGAAGAAUCCUGAGAAAGCAGUGGCCUGCUUGCGCGAAGCAAUCCAGUACUGGUCCAAGAACGAGGAGGAGACCGACACUUUGGGCCAGGUGCUGCGAAUCGCAGCUCGUGUUGCUGUGCAGAUCAAAGACAGAGCCUUGGCCGCUGAGGUCUAUCAGAGUUUCCUUGAGAACAUCGAUGGAUCGGAUUAUGAAGCGCUGUGUGGCCUAGUCCAGGCAUUGUCGGUUACAGAUCCAGAAAGGGCGACCGAGUACGCAGAAAGGCUGCAGGUGCCUUCCUUUGAUCACCUUGAUGCAGAGGAGCUUGAAGCACAACCAAUUCCAAAGGUUGGAGCAAUGUUUUCUCAGCGAAGACGCGACCGCGACGAGGAGGCUGAUGGAAAGCUCACAAAACCGAAGAAAAAGCGGAAGCGAAAGAUUCGGUACCCGAAGGGCUUUGAUCCCGAAAAUCCAGGACCUCCUCCUGACCCAGAGAGAUGGCUCCCAAAGAGAGAGCGAUCAGAGUUCAAGAAAAAGAUGCGGAAGAGGGACAAGCAUUUGCUGCGGGGCCCACAAGGGGCGAUCACCACUGAAGACUUCAGAAAGCAGGGCCCAUCAACGGCUCAAGUGGAGGUCUCCAAGGAUGCAGCGGGACCUUCAAGACGAAGCAACAGAAAAAACAAAGGCAAGUGAAGAGUGCAGCUCCCGUUCUUGCCUAGCUGAAGCAUUCAGUGGUGAAAUCGUCGGAUCGCUUUGCAGCGGCUGAAACGAAUGUGCUUGUGGGUUUGGCGAAGAGGUCUGCCAGAUAUCCCCGGAUCAACAAAUGCCAGAAGCACAAAUGGAUGCAAAUGGCAUCAAAUAGCUCAUGUUUUGCAUUGAGUGCCGAGCGUAAGGCAUUGACUCACAUUUUGCGAGUACGAAAGGCUGUUUGUUUUGUUUGUUUGGAUUAUGCACUACUGUGCCAUUGGGGGCAGAAAAAAAAUAUCGCCUGCCAACUGCACAAGAGCCAGGUGCGAGGCAUGGAGAGCCAAGGGCGAAACUAAGCAGCGCAGAGAGGUCGCUGAAAAGA